AUGUGGAUGGCUUUCACUGCUAUUGGUGCUAAAACUGAGUUUUGGAUUAUUCAAGCUUUGGAAGGUUUGGGUGCUGGUAUUGAUGUGGAGAAAAUUUCGAAAUCCUUUCAGUCAGUGGAACAAUAUCUUGGUUCAUUUGUUUAUCCUUUACUGGAAGACACACGAGCAGAACUUGCUUCCAGUAUGGAGGUUAUACACAAGGCACCUUUUGGAGAAGUGAUCUCUCUUGACGUGGCCAAACCAUAUGGGACAUUACUAUAUGAUGUUAAAAUUGAUCAGUGGAAAAACAGAUUUAGUGAUCACAGUGAGGAGCCUUACAGAAUGUUGCCAGGUGAUAUCCUUAUCUUUUCAGAUGCACAUCCUGCAACUGUGUCCGAUUUACACCGAGCAGGUUGGACGUGGAAUUUUGCAACAGUCACUAAUCUUUUAGAAGACGAGAAUGAAGAAAGUGGUACAUGGACCAGUUUUAAAGUCAAAACAUUAAAAGAAAUUGACGUUAAAGAUAGGAUGCAAAAGUCUCUAUUCGUGGUGGAGAAAAUUUCGAAAUCCUUUCAGUCAGUGGAACAAUAUCUUGGUUCAUUUGUUUAUCCUUUACUGGAAGACACACGAGCAGAACUUGCUUCCAGUAUGGAGGUUAUACACAAGGCACCUUUUGGAGAAGUGAUCUCUCUUGACGUGGCCAAACCAUAUGGGACAUUACUAUAUGAUGUUAAAAUUGAUCAGUGGAAAAACAGAUUUAGUGAUCACAGUGAGGAGCCUUACAGAAUGUUGCCAGGUGAUAUCCUUAUCUUUUCAGAUGCACAUCCUGCAACUGUGUCCGAUUUACACCGAGCAGGUUGGACGUGGAAUUUUGCAACAGUCACUAAUCUUUUAGAAGACGAGAAUGAAGAAAGUGGUACAUGGACCAGUUUUAAAGUCAAAACAUUAAAAGAAAUUGACGUUAAAGAUAGGAUGCAAAAGUCUCUAUUCGUGGUCUUUUUGAUAAAUGAAACGGCUAACAAAAGAAUGUGGAAUUCAUUGCACAUGUUCAGACAUAUGAAGAUUAUUGAGGAAGUUCUGUGCGCUCGUUCAAAGGUUGAAGAAAAGUGCAAUAUUUGUUCUGUACUUAGCGACAUCAAAAUGGCUGAAAGAGUUGGCACAAAUAUGUCCAUACUAAAUGAAUCUCAAACUAAGGCAAUCUUGGCUUGUCUUCGUGGACUAGAGUGUAACCACAAGCCUUCUGUGGAACUUAUAUGGGGGGCCCCAGGAACAGGGAAGACAAAAAUCUUAAGUGUGAUGCUUGUUACCCUCUUAAAAAUGAAGUACAAGACACUUAUCUGUGCCCCAACCAAUGUGGCAAUAAGGGAAGUGGCCUCUCGGGUGAUAAAACUGGUGAGAGGGUCACUUGAAACUGAAUCUGAAAAAAGGGAUUUAUUUUGCUCUUUAGGAGAUGUAAUUUUAUUGGAGAAUAAAGAUUGGCCAAAAGUUAGUUCAGACAUUGAAGAGAUCUAUCUGGACUACCGUGUUGAAAGGCUCGCAGAGUGUAUAAGCCCGCAGACUGGUUGGAGGCAUUGUUUAUCUUCCAUGAUUGAUUUUCUUGAAGAUUUUGUUUGUCAGUACCGUAUUUUUGUGGAAAAUGAAUUGAUCAGAGCGAAAGAACACAAUCAUGAAGAUGAAGUAAUAAAGGUGAAAGUUAGAUCAUUUCUUGAGUUUGCAAGAGACCGGUUCAAACCUAUUGCAUCAUCCCUCAGGACAUGUCUAUAUAUAUUCUGUAUUCAUUUGCCUAGAAGCUUCAUUAAAGAACAGAAUUUCCAACUCAUGGUGGAUCUUAUUCGGUUACUUGAUUCUUUGGAAACAUUUUUUGAAGAGAAUGUGGUUUUAGAAGAACUGGAGGGACUAUUUUCGCACCAGCAAGUAGUUAAAGAUUCUUUUGAGUCAAUUGUGGAUAUAUCAUCUGUGUCAUGCUUGAGAAACUUGUGCCUCUCUGUUCUAAAAACUCUUCAACAUUCUCUUGAAGAACUUGGCCUUCCAAGUGUGAUGGACAAAGGUUCAAUGAAGGCAUUUUGUUUUCAAAAAGCUUCCUUAAUUUUCUGCACUACUUCUAGUUCAUAUAACCUGCACUUAAUGGAUAUGAAUCCACUCAGCUUGUUAGUCAUUGAUGAAGCUGCACAGCUGAAAGAGUGUGAAUCAAUCAUACCCCUUCAACUCCCAGGUAUAAGCCAUGCUAUUCUCAUUGGGGAUGAGUGUCAAUUACCAGCAACAGUUACUAGCAAGGUUUCUGAUGAAGCUGGAUUUGGGAGAAGCUUAUUUGCAAGAUUAAGUUCAUUGGGUCAUUCGAAGUACCUUCUUAAUAUGCAAUACAGAAUGCAUCCGUCUAUUGGUAUAUUUCCAAAUUCAAACUUUUAUCAGAACCAGAUCUUGGAUGCACCCAAUGUUAAGAGUAAACGCUAUGAAAGGCAUUAUCUUCCUGGGCUAAUGUUUGGUCCCUAUUCAUUUAUAAAUGUUGUUGGUGGUAGAGAAGAAUUGGAUGAUGUUGGGCAUAGUUAUAGAAAUAUGGUUGAGGUAGCUAUUGUGGUGAAGAUAGUGCAGAGUCUAUACAAAGCAUGGAAUGCCUUGAAAAAGAAGAUUAGCGUCGGUGUAAUAUCACCCUACGCUGCUCAAGUUGUGGCAAUCCAAGAUAAGCUUGGGCGGAAGUAUGAGAACUGUGAUGGAUUUGUGUUGAAGGUUAAGUCUGUUGACGGAUUUCAAGGUGGAGAGGAAGAUAUUAUAAUAAUAUCAACUGUGAGGUCUAAUAGGGGUGGAUCUAUUGGUUUCAUAUCUAGUCCUCAGAGAACUAAUGUUGCUUUGACAAGAGCCAGGCACUGUCUCUGGGUUCUGGGAGACGAAAAGACACUAAUUAAGAGUGAAUCAAUUUGGGAAGUGUUAGUAUGUGAUGCUAAGGACCGUCAAUGUUUCUUCAAUGCUGAUGAAGAUGAUAAUAUUGCCAAAACUAUAUUAGAUGUGAAGAAAGAGCUCGAUCAACUCGAUGAUUUGCUAAAUGGGGAUAGUAUGCUUUUCACUCGUGCAAGGUGGAAGGUUGUUUUCAGUGAUAACUUCAGAAAAUCAUUUAAGAUGCUUAAGUCUUCUCGCCAGAAGAAGUUAGUCGUGGGCCUUCUAAUUAAGCUAUCUAGCGGCUGGCGACCUAAGAGGAACGUGCACUCAGUUUGUGGAAGCUCUUCACAGAUCAUGAAACAAUUCAAGGUUGAACGACUUUACGUUGUUUGCACAAUUGACAUUGUGAAGGACUCUAAGUUCAUACAAGUUUUAAAGGUUUGGGAUAUAUUGCCAUUGGAGGAGAUCCCAAAACUGGUGAGACGUCUUGAUAGCAUAUUUGCUAUGUACACUGAUGAUUUUAUCAGACGCUGCAAGAAGAAAUCUCUAGAGGGGGAAUUGGAAGUUCCAAUGAGUUGGGUGACCUCUUAUGACAUUGUACAGUUUAAGGAUCUGAGUAAAAAUGAACUUGGCAAUGACUCAAGUACUGGUGCCAUAGAUGGUAGAAGCUAUGUUGAAAAUUCAAAGGUGAGUGAAAGCUUGUUGCUGAUGAAGUUCUACUCCUUAUCAUCCGGUUUUGUGAACCACUUGCUUUCUGACCUUGAUGGCCAAGAACUUGAUCUCCCGUUUGAAGUAACAGAUGAGGAGCGGGGGAUAAUUCAAUUCUGUAGAAGCUCCUUUAUAAUUGGUCGGUCAGGAACUGGGAAAACUACUGUUUUGACCAUGAAAUUAUUCCAAAAGGAACAACAGCAUUAUAUUGCCUCUGAGGGAUUUCAUGCAGGUAAGAACAGUGCCGCUACACAUUUGAGCCAGACAAAGCAGGUCAGCAAGUGCAUUCGAGAGACUACCUUGCGGCAGCUUUUCGUGACCGUGAGUCCAAAACUGUGCCACGCUGUCAAACAGCAUGUUAACCAGCUGACAAGGUGGGCUAAGUACUCAACUGUGGGGUGGUUGCAACCUCCUGGUUAUUUCCACAGCUUUGCUCGUGGUGGGAGUUAUUCAUCAGAAAUCAGUUUGAUUGAUAUCGAUGAUGUGUCACAAUUUAAAGAUAUCCCGGAUUCUCUUGUCGACAUUCCUGCCAAAGAGUACCCCCUCGUUAUUACAUUUCAUAAGUUCAUAAUGAUGCUGGAUGGAACAUUGGGUAAUUCAUACUUUGAUCGAUUCCAAGUUUUACGGGAUAAUUCUUGUGAUAAAAGUAGAAGUUCAAGAUCGGUUGCAUUGCAAACAUUUAUAAGAACGAAGGAAGUUAACUAUAACAGGUUCUGUUCACUUUAUUGGCCCCAUUUCAACACCCAACUGACAAAGGAGCUUGAUCCGUCUCAAGUGUUUACUCAAAUAACUUCCCAUAUAAAAGGAGGCGUGCGAGCAGGGGAGGCCCUUGAUCAUAAACUCAGUCGCGCAAAGUAUGUUUCAUUGUUCGAGGGUCGAGUGUCCUCUUUGAGCGUGCAGAAGAGGGACUGCAUAUAUAAUAUUUUUCAAGAUUAUGAAAAAAUGAAGACCAAACGUGGUGAUUUUGAUUUGGCUGAUCUAGUAAUUGACCUUCAUCACAGGCUGAAAAAUGAAAAAUUGGAGGGUGACAAAAUGGAUUUUGUAUAUAUUGACGAGGUGCAAGACCUUACCAUAAAACAAAUUGCUCUUUUCAAAUAUAUCUGUAGAAAUAUUGAAGAGGGCUUUGUUUUUUCUGGUGAUACAGCACAGACUAUUGCAAGAGGGAUAGAUUUUAGGUUUGAGGAUAUACGGUCUCUGUUCUAUAAUUAUUUUAUUUUGCAAUCAGGAAGUGAUGGAUCUACCGGAAGAAAAGAAAAAGGACUGGUAUCAAAAAUUUUUAAUCUGAGGCAGAACUUUCGAACCCAUGCUGGUGUGCUUAAAUUAGCUCAGAGCGUAAUUGAUCUUCUUUACCACUUCUUUCAACAUUCUAUUGAUAUUUUGAAACCUGAGACUAGUCUUAUAGAUGGCGAAGCUCCAAUUUUACUUGAGCCUGGCAAUGAAGAGAAUGCAAUUGUAACUAUUUUUGGAAACUGUGGAAAUGUUGAUGGGAAGAUUGUUCGCUUUGGUGCUGAGCAGGUCAUAUUAGUACGUGAUGACUCUGCCAGGAUCGAAAUAUCUGAUUAUAUUGGGAAGCAAGCUCUUGUUUUGACUAUAUUGGAGUGCAAGGGCCUCGAGUUUCAGGAUGUAUUGCUGUACAACUUUUUUGGCUCGUCACCUUUGAGAAAUCAGUGGAGAGUUCUAUACGAAUUCAUGAAAUACCAAAAUUUACUUGAUUCUACGAUUUCUAAGUCCUUUCCAAAUUUCAGUAAUGCAAAACACAAUAUCUUGUGUUCUGAACUGAAACAACUAUAUGUUGCUAUCACUCGAACAAGGCAAAGGUUAUGGAUUUGUGAGAAUAUAGAGGAAUUUUCCAAGCCUAUGUUUGACUAUUGGAGGAAGAGGUGCCUUGUCCAAGUAAGAAAGCUAGAUGAUUCACUUGUACAAGCAAUGCAAGUUGCAAGCAGUCCAGAGGAGUGGAAGGCCCGGGGAAUCAAGCUCUAUUGGGAAAAUAACUAUGAGAUGGCAACAAUGUGCUUUGAAAGAGCAGGAGACACAAUGUGGGAAAAAAGGGCCAAGGCUGCUGGUCUUAAGGUAGCUGCUGACCGUAUGCGUGUUUCCAAUCCUGAGAUGUUUUGCGCCGUCCUUAGGGAGGCUGCUGAAAUUUUUGAUUCUAUUGGAAGGGCCGAGUCUGCUACUGAAUGUUUUUGUGACUUGGGGGAGUAUGAAAGAGCAGGGAAUAUUUAUAUGGAGAAAUGUGGGGUAUCGAAGCUGAAGAAAGCCGGUGAAUGUUUUUCUCUGGCAGGAUGUUAUGAGCGUGCAGCUGACGCUUAUGCGAAGGGAAAUUAUUUCCCCGAGUGCUUGUCAGUUUGUACCAAAGGGAAAUUUUUUGAAUUGGGUUUGCAAUACAUUGAAUACUGGAAACAACUUUCAACCAUGGAUGAUGGUAUGGUCACAAGAAGUAAAGAUAUGGACAAGAUUGAACAAGAGUUUCUACAGAGGUCUGCACUUAACUAUUAUGAGCUUAAAGAUAACAGAUCCAUGAUGAAAUUUGUUAGAGCUUUCCACUCAAUGGAUUUGAGACGCAAUUUCUUGAAGUCUUUAGAUUGCCUUGAUGAGCUAUUAUUGUUGGAAGAAGAAUUGGGAAACUUUGUGGAGGCUGCGGAGAUUGCUGAACUGAGAGGAGAUCUUCUGCUUGAGGCUGAUCUUCUAGGAAAGGCAAGACAUUUCAAGGAGGCUUCCUUACUCAUCCUUUGGUUUGUGUUUUCCAACUCUCUAUGGGCACCGAAUAGUAGAGGUUGGCCAUUGAAGCUGUUCACGCAAAAAGAGGAGCUUUUAUCAAGAGCUAAGUUAUUUGCAAGGAAUGAAUUGGAUCCCUUCUACGAGUUUGUCUGCACUGAGGUUAAAAUUUUGUCACAUGAACAGACUAACUUCUCUGAGUUGAAGCAAUAUUUCAAUGCUUCCCAGCAACAUAAAAGUCUCAGAGGUGAAAUAUUAUGUGUUUGGAAAAUUCUGGAUGCCCAUCUUGACUUGAACACCUCCAAGUAUGACUGGGAAGAUGAAUUGUCAGUGGAUCUGAGAAAGCACUCAGAGGAUAAGAUUUCACAGAAUCGGGUUUCUCUUGAAACACUAGUUUAUUUUUGGCGUCUAUGGAAAGAAAACAUUGUGAAUAUCUUUGAUUACCUUGCGGGUAUUGAAGCUGAAAAUUUUGGCAAUUAUAUUGUUUUUGAGAAGUUCUGUUUGAACUAUUUUGGUGUGCGAAGGAAAUUUAAUAAUCAAAACAGCAUUUACCUCAUGCUGAAACCUGAUGCUGAUUGGGUGAGAACUAUUGAUGACAGAUCCACUAGGAGGAUUGGGAAGUUGCUCAGUGCUGAUGCCAGCCAUUUUGUUUCUGCCGCUAGGAGUCAUUGGUGUUCAGAAUUAUUUUCUGUUGGUAUCAAGGUGUUGCAAACUCUUGAAGCCCUCCAUAAGUUCUCAACUACGAAUUCCUUGUCUAUGUUUUGCCAAAGCAUGCCUCUCCGUCAUAUCUUUGAGGUCGCAAAAUUUCUUCUGGACUUCAAGUUUCUUCUUUGCAAUAAUCAUGAUAGAGGAACAUUGCAAAAUUUUGUUCAAUUAUCUACUAUCUACUUUGUAGACGUUUUUCCUUUAGACUGUCGGAAAUCAUUGACAGAGAAUAUGAUCCAUCUGAGAAGGACUGAGCUGUCCCGGACUUUACUUGAAGAAGUUGUUCAUGGAAACAUCAAGGGUAAACUGACCUAUGGGCAAAUUGGGAGGGUGGUUAUGAUGUGGCUUUGGUCUGGAAAACCCACAGAGGAGCUGUACAAGAAGAUUGAGGACAGGUUCAAAGACAAUUCAUCUUGGAAAGCAUUGGUUCAGAACCUCAGUGGGAAAAUAAUGCCAGAAUCUUCGGAGGAGUCACCAUCGAGCAUUUCUGAUGAAGCUCCAAGUGCAAUCUCUUUGAUUUGCAAGUUCCAUAAAGCUUUGGAAGAUGCUUAUAAUGCCAAUUGGAGAAAAGAAGAUGACUAUAUAUCACCAAGUUGCUUCUUGUAUCUUCUUGACCGCCUANCAUUGUGA